GUUCACAGCGCAGGGACGCCACCAGAUCGAGGAGGAGGGCGGCUCGGGGAUCGAUGAGAUUUCGGGAGGGUUCUGGGCGUCGGGCUCCAGGAGGGGCCGUUCCCUCGAGGAGGUAGCAACUCCUUGGUGGGACCCCCCCCCUCAGCAGUGCCUGGGGUGGUCCCGGGGGGCGGCCGAGCCGACCACGGGACCCAGCCGUUCGUCGACAAGAUGUAUUGGACCCCCGUGCCGCAGUUCCAUUGGGUGAGGAGUCACGGACACUGGGGCGUACCCCUGCCGAACCCUUUCCAGCUGAAGGCGCACUUCCAGGACAUGCUCGGGGACGGCACUGAUAUCUCCAAGCACCACGUGCCCUGGGAGAAGAAGAUCCCCAAGGUCUUCUGGCGGGGCAGCCUGUCCGCGCCGGACUACGUCGUGGCGAGGGACCUGGGCACGAUCCCGCGGGUGCGCCUGCAGAACCUCGCCAAAAGGCACCCGGACCUCUUCGACGUGGCCAUCACCAGCGUCGACGACGAGCUGCUGGCCCCCGCCGCCCCGCCGCCGCGCGUGGCGGCCGCCCCUCGGCCCCUGCCCGGCCGCGGGGCCGCCCCGGGCCCCGCCUCGUGCGCCGGCCGGGAACAGUGCCACGAGGCGCUGCGGCUGCGCGCGACCGCGACCUCUGCGGCGGAGAUGCGGCCUCAGAGAGCGGUCGCCACCGCCUGGCAAGCGUUCGUCUUUGUCGUGUCCCUCGACACGCAGGACGACGCGAGCCGGCGGCGGAGCCCUUUCACCUGCGAGGAGAUCAAGGAGAGUGGCUUUUGCGACAAGGUCGGACCCUUGGGAGACGAGGCCCGUCAGACCUGCCAGAUGAGCUGCGGAGUGGGAUGCCGCGGGCCGUGCGAGGCCGACCAAACAAGCCGACGGCGGUUCCCGCAGAGCUGCAGGGAGAUGUUCGACGCGGGGAUCUGCGGAACGGACGGUGCCCUGGGGCUGGAGAUGGAAGAGACAUGCCGCACCACUUGCCACGACGCUCUCGGAUGCCUGCCGCCGUGCGAGCCCGACCAGACCAGCCGCCGGCGCUCUCAGAGGAGCUGCCAGCAGAUGUUCGACGAGGGCUUCUGCGGCGUGGGCGGCCCUCUGGGGGAGGAGGCGGCAGAGACUUGUCGCAGCACAUGCGCCGACACCUUCGAAUGCGUGGCCCAGGAGAAACUGGCAGGUACAGACACAAGCGACUCGAACAGCGACGCAAAUCUGACAGUCGAGCCACUUCCAGAUCAAGAUCUGGGACCAGUGGAAGCUUCCUCUUGGCAGCAUUCUAUUUUCGUGUUCAUGGGCGUGAUCGCCAUCGGCUGUUGUUGUGUCUGCAUGUUCGCCAGAGUGUGGAGCAGCCACAAGGAUGCGGAGGUUGGCCGGCUGGACCAGGACAGACUGGUCGGGCAGUCCGGCCUCGCUGGCGCCGGCGCAGCAGUUGAGCCAGUUCCGUCGGGGCGGGCAGAGCGAGCGGAGCAGGCCGUGCAGCAGGCCACAGCGCCGGCGGAUGUGGCAAAGGUGGGGCCCCUCGAAGGCACCCCAGCAGGCGGUGCCUCCGCUUCACUCGACGCCGUUUUCCUGAGCAUUGAGAGUGCGGAAGGUGCCGACGAGCCCGUCUCGGAGCGGAUGACAAAGCCGCACAAGAAGACGAGGGUGAAGAAGCCAAGACGCCAGGGGCAACCCGAGCAGCAGGAGGCCGUGUCCGUCAACCCUGCCCCGGCGCCCGCGCUGGCGUGCAAGUCUGUCGAGGUUAGCGCGACGGGGCAACCCGAGCAGCAGGAGGCCGUGUCCGUCGACCCUGCCCCGGCGCCCGCGCUGGCGGGCAAGUCUGUCGAGGUCAUCGCGACGGCUGGCGCUCGCACUUCCGUCUCAUCGGCAGCAUCUUGUCUCAGCACGAAGUCGUGGUCAGCCGCCCUUGCCAAUGCGACAGGCCCUUCCUCCAGACGCCAGGGGCAACCCGAGCAGCAGGAGGCCGUGUCCACCCCCAGCGCGGGCGCCGGGGAGAUUGUCGAAGCCCGCGCGCUGGCCGGCGCCCGCAUUUCCGUCACAUCGGGGUUUUCUUUUUAG